AGAAUGGAGGUAAUUUGUAAGUCCGAAAAUGAUGGUAUUCUUUGUUUCGACACAACUGAAAGUCUUUUUCUAUGGAAUGAAAUAGAGAAUAUUACUCCAAAUCCUCAUCAAUCAACUUACAAAUUGAACAAUUUUAAUUGGAAUAAAGCAGCAAAACGACCACGAACUCUGGUUUGCCAUGAUCAUCGUGGAGGUUAUUUGGAAUAUGAAAGUCUUCAAGGUAUCACUUGUACUUCUCUACCAAACAAAGACAAAGAACGCCAAAUUCCAAUUUAUUCAUUUUUUCAUUGGUGGUAUAUUGACAUUUUUGUUUAUUUCUCCCAUCAUUUUGUUACUGUGCCGCCUGAUGUUUGGAUUUUGGCUGCACAUCAACACGGAGUUUUGAUUUUAGGAAUAUUUAUAAUCGAAUCAGUCUCUCUUUUCAAUCAAUCUUUUUCUGAUGAUUCCAUUACCGAUAAAAUUGUUUCUUCCCUCGUUGAUUUAUGCAAAAAUAUGAAUUUUGAUGGCUGGCUUAUUAAUAUUGAAAAUCGCGUUUAUUCUGUUUAUUUGGACCGAUUAGAAGGGUUUCUGAGAAAGUUGAGACGAGAUUUGCGAGAUAAUGUUCAUAAUUGCACUCAAGUUGUAAAUUCUGGUGAAUUGUGUUGGCAGAAUGAGCUCAAUAAGGACAAUAUGCGUUGGUUCUCAUCUGUUGAUGGUUUUUACACAAAUUAUGGCUGGACAGAAUGUCAUCUUCAACGAACUCUCGAAACUUUUUACAAAAACUUUUCUGAGGACAAAUCUCUUUUUGAUAUUUAUAUUGGAAUUGAUGUUUUUGGACGGGGUUGUACAGGCUGGGAAUGCUUUAAACCUUUGGAAGUUAUUCGUCGUUACAACUUUUCUACAGCAAUAUUUGCGCCAGGUUGGAUUUGCGAGACUUGUCCUAAAAGGGAUCAGAAAAUUAGUCUUUUUGAUAAUUCUGAGAAGUUCUGGAAUUUGUUAAAGCCCUAUUUAUUUCCCCAUAAAAUGGUCUCAAAACAAUUUUGUACAAAUUUUUCUGUUGGAUUUUCUUCAGAAUGUCUUGAUUUUUGUUCUGAAGAAACAAAUAAUUUUUGUAUGAAGAAUCUCAACAUUCAACCUUUUUAUUUGAGUUCUACAGCAUUUUCAAAGGAUUUAAAGCCUGGGAUUUUAAUUGACAAUGUUGGAAUGUUUAAUUAUAAAUCAUCAUUUCCCGUUGAAUUUGUUAUAGAAGUCUCAAACAGCUUAAAUGUUGAACAUUUAUUGGCUAAAACUAAAAAAUCCGAAGAGCAACCAGAAAAUGUUCAAGGAAUAACCAAAAAAUUUUCUAGUCAUUUCAACAACAAAAAUACUGAGGGAGAAGAACAAAAACAAAUUGAUGAGGAAUAUUUUCCAUUAAUUAUAGAAGACAAUUUGGAAUUAAAUUUGCAACAAAAAUCUGGUUGGUAUAUUAAAAAAAUAAUUUUAUGGGUAAAAAAUAAUAAUAAUUUUCCUAAAAUUGAAAAUCAAAACGAUUUUCAAGAAAAACGUUUAUUUUAUUUUAAAAUGAAUUUAGUCUAA